CCCGCCCAAUUGUCCCUUUUUUAUUUGGCAGGAAAGCAGAAGUUCUAAAAGCACUGCAAAAGUAGUGAGAAGAAGAUAAAAAGAUAUAGAGAGCAAAGGAAAGGAGGCAGGGGGUGGGUAAUGGGAACAUACCAUGAUCCCCCCAUUUCCCAUUUCCCAUUUCCCCCCCAAAUCCUUCGACAGAAAGUAACCAUCUUCCCCACUUUAACCCUAUCUGAUGUGUCCUUAUCAUAUCAUCCUCAAGGAGAAGAAAAAUCAACACAGAGAGAGAAAGCAAAAGCAGGGCAGCAAAACCCUUCUCCACUUUCCCCACCUUCUCUCCCUUUACUGUGAUGGAGCUGGUUAAGCACACCUAAAGCCACAAACCCAACUCAAUAAGAACUCCCCAUUUGAGCUCUGUGGAAAAACUCUUACUCCCACUCCACUCCCUCACAAGCCCUCUGCCAACCUCAACAAUGGUCGCCUCGCCGCCUUCCAUCUGCUUCCUCUCCUUCAUCCUCUGCUCCUCUCUCCUCUUCAUUCCAUCUUCCGGGGCAGUUAACGUUCUGGGUUUGCCGUACAACAAUGGCGGAGCAAACUCUGCAGCAGCAGUUCGAGUUUUCCUCUCAGAUCACACCGCCGUGUCUCCUCCCUCCGCCAUUGCAGGACGAUUAGCUCGGAUCUACGCUCAAAUCAACCUUCUGAUUCCUUCCUUUUCUUCCCGAAGGGAGCUGGCUGAAACUGGGACAGCUAAUUCGGUGAAGGAAGGAGUUACUCUUCCUAUGCCGACCAUAAUCACUGUCCCGGCUACAAACCCUGCUACCCUAACCCCCACAAAUCCCACUACCACUCUCCCCAUCCCCUCCGUCACACCACCCAUCACCGUCCCUCCCGCUAACCCUACCGGCGGAGGAGGGGUUUCUCCGGUGCCGAUCACUAACCCGACAACAACUCCCACUCCACCAGCUGCUACAAUUCCAGGGGCUGGGGCAGGGGGGCAACCGCCGGUGACCAAUCCUGCCACCUCAUACACUCCUCCCGCUGCCGGCGGCGGCGCCGUUGGUGGUGGUGUUACUCCUCCACCUGCCGUGACGAACCCUGUUGCGCCGCCUGCUGGUGGUGGCGGGAAUGCGCCGGCGGUUCCAGGGCAGAGCUGGUGUGUGGCGAAGUCAGGGGUUUCGGAGGCGGCUCUGCAGGCUGCUCUGGAUUAUGCUUGCGGAAUGGGUGGUGCUGAUUGUUCCCAAAUCCAGCAGGGUUCGGGCUGCUACAACCCCAACACGCUUCAGAACCAUGCUUCCUUUGCGUUCAAUAGCUAUUACCAGAAGAACCCUACGGCCACCAGCUGUGAUUUUGGAGGCGCCGCUGCUGUCGUUAGUAGCAACCCAAGUGUUCUGGCACCUGCGUCUAUCCAUCGUCCUCAUCGUCAUCGUCGACACCACCAUCCUCGUCGUCUUCGUCUCCUCCAGCCACGACAUCAGGAGCCCCUCCAUUAACACCUUCAGUUCCAAUGUCACCAACAUCAAGUGGAAUUCCAGUCACGAAUCCUGCCACAACUAAUUCAUCUCCUCCUGCAGGGAUGGGGACAACAGGGACCACUGUCACUCCUCCAUCGGUGUUGAACUCGAGCAGCCCUGGUGGUGCCACGCCCAGCAUUUUCGGGACUGAUAUCCCACCUGGAGUGAACCCGAGUCCAAUGGACGGUUCCAACUCGGUUGUUUCAAAACCGUUCCUUGGAUUCGUGGUACUGGCAGCGUCCUUCAUUGGAGGAGUAGUCGUUUUUGACAUGUAGAGUUGAUCCACACUGGCUUCAUACAGUGGAUGAACUCGAUCUAGUUCCCGAGUAGUGUACAGAUCGAAGUUGUAGUUUGCAUGGAUGAUGACGGCGGAUGGAGUUGUACCCACGGUGGCUAGGCUUACUAGAGGACGCUAUUGGCCGUUGCUAGCUAGCUAGCUUGCUAUUGUUUAAGAGGGAGGGCUGUUGGAACAACGUUAGGAGAUGUAGAAAGAUUUUCAUUGCAGAACCUGCAUUUCCAUUCAUAUCAUAUGUUACGAUCACAUACAUGUUUUAAUGGCUAGCUAGUAAUUACUAUUAUGAUUAUUAUCGUC